GUGAAUGGGAAAAUAAAGAAAGAGGGAUCAGGCAUUGUCACACUGCGUUUAACAUUUAACCUUAGCCUGCGUUUAUCAUUGACGCCACUGAGUCAUUUUCCGGCCGCCGCCUCCUCCUCCAAAACCCUAAACCCCAAUAAAAUAUUAUCACCUCCGGUACCGGAAAUGGUAUGACUAAAAAACGGCUUCUAAAUCUAAGAUCGAUUCAAACCCCUACUAUCGGCGACCGGAGAUAAUGCCCUUGUGGGUUCAACGGGCGUCCAAUAUCUUAAUCAUUGCUCGAUUUCAUGGUCUCACUUCUUCAAAAUCUAUCCCUUCAUACGGACCUGGACCUGAAGCGGUUUGGUUUACUAAAGUUGUAUGUCUCCUAUGUUUUCACCAUUCUCAAUCACUUGAUGUAUUCGGUUCUGAUUAUUUUCGUCAAAAUUUGGACCCACAUAUUGCUUUCACCGUUAUUCACCAUAUUAAUAACAAUUUGAAUAACCCCAGAUUGGCAUUUCGUUUUUUACAGUGUACUAGGAUCAAUCUGAAUCUUGUUCAUUGUAUUGGGAGUUUUAAUUUGCUUUUGAGGUCACUUUCUCAGAUGGGGUUUCACGAUUCCGCUAUGUUAGUGUUUAAGUUUAUGAAAGCUGAUGGGUAUUUACUAGAAAAUUCGAUCUUGGAAAGUGUAGUAUUAGCACUUGCAAAUGCGGGCAAGUUUGAGACUGCCAAAGAAAUUUUGAUUUCACAAGUUGAGUUAGGUAGGAAGGAAGGUAGAAUUGUUAGGCCUUUUGUACAUAAUAGUCUUUUGAGUUUAUUAAUGAAACGAAGUAGGGUAGAUGAAGCUGUUGAUUUUUUCAAACAUCAUAUUUUGAGGUCAGAGAGAUUGUUUCCAGAUACCUGCACUUUUAACACUGUGAUUCGUGGGCUUUGUCGAGUUGGAGGAGUUGAUAAGGCAUUUGAGUUUUUCAAUGACAUGGGAAGUUUUGGUUGUUUCCCUGAUACUGUUACGUAUAACACUCUUAUAAAUGGGUUGUGUUCUGUUGGUCAAGUAAACAGGGCUCGAGGUUUGUUAGGAAAUCUUGAGUUACAAGAUGGACUGUCACCUGAUGUUGUGACAUAUACUUCUGUUAUCGCUGGUUACUGCAAGUUGGGCAGAAUGGAUGAGGCUAUAAAUCUGAUGGAUGAAAUGACUACUUACGGUAUUAGUCCAAAUCUGGUUACUUUUAACAUUCUUAUCAAUGGUUUUGGCAAGAUAGGAGACAUGUUUUCUGCUAUAAAAAUGUAUGGGAGGAUGUGUGCUGUUGGUUACCCUCCUGAUGUUGUUACCUUCACGUCUCUCAUUGACGGUUAUUGUCGUACUGGAGAAUUAGAUCAGGGCUUAAAGCUAUGGGAUGAAAUGAACACUAGAAAUUUGUCUCCGAACCUAUAUACUUUUUCUGUUCUUAUCAGUGCUUUGAGCAAGGAAAAUAGGCUAAAUGAAGCUCGGGACUUAUUGAGGCAAUUGAAAUCGAGGGAUGAUAUUGUCCCCCAACCAUUUGUAUACAACCCUGUGCUUGAUGGGUUUUGCAAGGCUGGUAAUUUGAGCGAAGCAAAUGUCAUUGCAGCAGAAAUGGAGAGCAAAGGGUGUUGCCAUGAUAAAAUCACCUUCACCAUUCUCAUUCUUGGGCAUUGCAUGAAAGGAAGAAUGCUUGAAGCUAUGGCGAUUUUUGAUAAGAUGCUGUCUUUGGGUUGUGUCCCAGAUGAUAUCACAGUAAGUUGUUUGACAUCAUGCCUUCUAAAAGCUGGGAUGGUAAAGGAAGCUUAUAAAGUAAGGCUCACACCAUCAAAGAACUUGAAUCCUGAUUUAUCAUCUUCAAAGCAAUCUGUACCAUUCCAGACAAGUUUGGAUAUCCCAGUGGCUGUUUAAUU